AUGUCAGCCACGAUGAUAGAAUCUCUUUCCAUCUAUAUCCUCACCUUCAAUUGUGCGAGAAACCUUGUCGAUGUUGACCGCUUUGCAAGGCAUUUCUUCGAUGCUCUACCUCCGACCGACAAUCCCAGCUCCUCGCCAUCGCCUGAUCUCAUCGUUCUUAGCCUUCAGGAGAUUGCCCCUAUUGCCUACGCAUUUCUCGGUGGUUCAUUUCUGACACCUUAUAUAACUGCCCUGGAUCAGGUGGUGUAUCGCGCUGUUGCGCAGCGUUGGAAAUGCAAUUACGUCAAUGUGGCAACGGAUAAUGUUGGCAUGACGGGCCUUAUGGUGUUUGCCCGGUCUGAUGUAGCAGAACGUAUCUCUUCUAUCAACACUGCCCGCGCUGGCUUUGGUGUUCAACAGAUGGGCAAUAAAGGUGCUGUUGGCGCACGACUGGCCUUCGCGACAGAUACAAGUCCCGGUGACACGGUCCAUCUUACCUUUAUUGCUGCUCACCUAGCACCUGCAGAGGACGCAGUGGAGCAAAGAAACAAAGACUGGCGUAGCAUGGUUGAGAGGUUAGUUUUCAACUACGAAACUACCGUGUUCCAGGAAAACGACGAGGUUGGAGUAGACACGGAGAGUACAGCUUUACUACAGCGUCAUACAUCGAUUCAGCGUAACGAGAAUCGCGGCAUCUUUGACCCUACGAGCUAUCUCUUUCUGGCGGGGGAUCUCAACUACCGUACCUCCAAUUUCUCUCCACGAGAAGCAGAUCAGGCCCGCUUUCCACAGGCAAAUGUGGAACCCACCAGCCCCCGUCAUUACUUGCACCUCUUGGAAGAGGAUCAAUUGACCCGGGAAAUGAAACAGUUCCGGAGCUUUCAUGGCCUGUCAGAGGCCCCUAUUACCUUCUCUCCGACAUACAAAUAUACAUAUGCUGCGCAACAGGCUGCGCGUGCCGGAACACUCGACGCCGGAUUGCAGGAAGGCUUGUGGACCAGCACCCGAUGGCCCAGCUGGUGUGACCGCAUCUUAUAUUUGGAAACGCCACCAGGUAUGGGAGAGGGCGCACGGGUCAAACCCCUGAGAUACGACUCUUUGCCGCUAUUUCCAACCUCUGACCAUCGUGCCGUCGCCCUUUGGGCAUCAGUUACCUUGGCAUUACAGGAGCCGGAAGAUACGACGCCGCCCUUCACCCCGUAUCCGAUCGAUCCGGGAUGGGAACGUAAACGUGACACAGCACGGAAAAAGGAGCUCGCGGUUGGUUGUUUAGCGUAUAUGACGUUGACAUGGGAGGGUAAUGGCGUGUUAGUCGCAUCAGUCAUUACUUUCCUUGCAGCCUGGCUCGUGCUUCGAUCGUUGCUUAAUGUUUGA